CAACCUAUUUUUUUCUCAAAUCCUUAAUAAUAGAAAGGAGAAAAGAGAGAGAGAGCGAAAGUCACAAACAACAGCCUCAAAGAGAGAUCGAGAAAGAGGCAAUUACUGAUAUGGGUAAUAGCUUAAGGUGCUGUUUGGCUUGUGUUCUUCCCUGUGGUGCCCUAGACUUGAUCCGAAUAGUUCAUUUAAAUGGCUACGUAGAGGAAAUAACACAUCCAAUCACCGCUGCUGAGAUCCUUAAAGCCAACCCUAAUCAUGUUCUAAGCAAACCCUGCUCUCAAGGAGUUGGCCAUAAGAUCUUAAUCCUCUCACCAGAAUCAGAGCUCAAAAGAGGCAGCAUAUACUUCUUGAUUCCAGCUUCUUCAUUGCCAGACAAGAAAAAAAAUAGCAGCAAUACUCACAAAAAGUAUUCAAGAAAGAGCAAGAAAUGCAACUCUGACGAUAUAUCCAAUUGUGAUCGUUACCUAACAGAUAUUAUUAUUUCCUCAAACAAUAAAUCUUCACGUCGUGAUCGCCGGACCGGCCGUGUCGGAGUAUGGCGGCCUCAUCUCCAGAGCAUCUCCGAAGACUAACAACUUUUUUUUCCGGUGCCGGAGUCUAAUAUUCCUCGGAAUAGCCAAAAGUGGUUCCAUCAGAAACUGGGGAAUUUUUUUUUUUUUUUUUUUUUUUUAUGUACGUGGGGUUGAUGGUUUUGUGGAUAAGUUUUUCCUCUUAAUAUUUCCUUUUUUUGUUUUUUGGGAAAAUUACUUGUUUCGGUCUGCGACUAAUAAUAGCAGACUCUGGAUUUAAUGCUUUUUAGAUCUUGAUCCCUUUGCUUCAUGGAAGCAAUUCUAGAAUUUGUACUGAUACCGCGAAGUUGUAAGUAAACAUCAUUGGCUUUUUCUA